GUCUUCUUGAAGAUGAGCUGAAGGAUCCCGUGACCUGAUUCUGCGCGGGCCAAGUUUCAGAUCGGAUCAAGGGCUUGACCUGGGAGCCUCCUUCCGAAAUGGAAUUGGUCCCCACAGUCAUCCACUGAUGUUUGAUGGGGCUUGUCGGUGUUCGUGUGAAAGGGCCACCUUGGGGUGCUUGGAUGGGUGGAUGAGACUCACGAACUGGGAGCUCCAAUUCAGGCAACACAGCAUCUACUUCGGCACGUCAGGCGUUCACUCCCAGGCGUGGCGGCCCGGCACCCCGCCUCGCUCCGUGGCCUCGCCCAUGGAGCACCUGGAGCCGGUGCUGCAGGAGCGGCCGAUCGAAGGAAGCCCAAUUGGGUACGUGGAGACUACGACUGAUCUGGAAGCCUGUAUGGGGUGUCCCGAAGGAUUCCAGGAAAUCGAGCGGCUUGACGCCCUGCAACAGCUGGAGGACUCUUUGGAAGAGGAGAAGGAUGGUGUGGAGAGGGCCAGGGAACUGGCGGACAGGAUGAGCUCCAUGGAGCCAUUGUAUCCGGAGAUUCUCCGUGCCAGCACCGCGGCACGCGCCCUUCGCUUCGGCGCCUGGCCUUUGCGAAGGCCACCACAGCUAACGCCACGGGAGGCCACCAAGCUGUAUGGGCAGAGCUCGCUUGCAACGUCGAAGGACUUUUGGAGUCACAGUUGGCAUGGCCAUGUGCGGUGGAAGGUGGCUUUGUUGUUGAUGCUUUACAACGGGCCCGCGGCGACGGUCCUCGGCGCUGGCGGGGCCUUGGUGAUGUUUGUCCUUCACAGUUGGGCGCUCCUGCCUGGCUGGGAGCAAGCGCCCAAACGGGUCGGCAUGGACGUCCAGGUGACCUUGGUUUUUGCUCCAUGGUCUUUGCUGGUGGGUUUCAUUGUUUUCAUCUUGGUCCUCUUCAUGUGGCAGUCGCAGCGCACCAUCUUCCUGGAUCGCAUGUGUAUCCACCAAACGGAAGCCAAAACCAAGGCGGCGGGCCUCGUGAGCAUGGGAGCAUUUUUGAAGAACUCCGAAAAGUUUCUUCUACUUUGGGAUGACACCUACGUGUCUCGCUUGUGGUGCAUGCUAGAGUUUGCGGCAUUUCUGAAGAGUCAUGGGCCUGCCGCAGAAGAGAGCAUUGUCAUUAGGCCAAUGAUCACUGCUCCUUGUAUGCUGGGAUUUGUCCUUGGCACGGUCCUUACUCUCGCAAUUUGGGUUUCAGUGCCGCGGUUGACCAUUCCGAUCCUUCUCCUGAUCUUUGCGACACGCCUCGUGGGCUUCUAUCUCGCCGCCGGGGCGCUGCGCGAGCACUACCGCAAUGCAGAGAUUUUACUCGACCAGCUGUCCAGUUUCUCCAUUCAAGGAACCUCUUGUCAUUGUUGCAGCACUGGACACUGUGCCGAGAGCAAGCAGCGCUGUGAUCGGGUGAUCAUCUCCAAAUGUAUCGAGAGCUGGUUUGGCUCUGUCAAGGACUUUGAAGACAUCGUGAAAUCCUCUAUCAGGUCCAUGCUUUACCGACAAUUGGGCGGCAAGCUUUUCCCCUAUCGAUGGAUUUUAGCGAGCUCCUCGCCGAUCUUGUGGGGCUUCAUGGACAUGUCCUCUCCACGGCUCCGCGCAAAGGAGUGGCUGGAGUUUUGGCACAUCGUGAUCCUUGGAUUCGGCUGGUGGUUGUGCUUCUUCCCGGCAGUGGUCUUCUCGACCCUUUGGCUGGCUCGCUUCAUGCGUGCACGAGCCAGCCGGGCUUGGGUGGAUCAUCUUGCCACCUUGAUGGUCUCUUUCUGUAUCACGUCCGCCACGCUUCUGGGGAACUAUUACCACAUGGGUGCUUGGCCAAGAAUAAGGAAGUCCAGGUGAUGGGAAUCAGAUAAGCAGAUAAUCUGGAUCUUAGGAUGUGGAGACUCCAAACAUGAAAGCACAUAAUGGCGAACAUGAAUCUCCAAUGGCAACAAUCCAAAAGACGUUUGCUGCUUACAUCUAUUUUCUGUUCUGUGGCGUUCAGCAAAAUCAUGUCACCCAUUGUGUUGACGAGUGAAAACCGGUCGGAUUCACACCUCGUAAACCCUGGAAGUCCAAGACAAAUCAAAGAUUUGUUGCUGACCGGGUAGAAGGAGUUUCCGUUACUCCGGUGGUGCUAAAAGUAGUCUUCGAACUUCUGGGACCACCAGCAGGCUCC